AUGCAAGUCCUCCUCCUCCUCGCAGCUGUAGGGUUUUGCUGGGCCAACCCUAAUAUUCUCUCUGGGAGGACGUCUAUUGUACAUCUCUUUGAAUGGCGCUGGGCGGAUAUUGCUCUUGAGUGUGAACGCUAUUUAGCUCCUAAUGGAUUUGGAGGAGUUCAGGUUUCACCUCCAAGUGAAAAUAUUGUCAUUACUAACCCAAACAGACCCUGGUGGGAAAGAUACCAGCCCAUCAGCUACAAGCUCUGCACUCGGUCAGGAAAUGAAAAUGAAUUCAGAGACAUGGUGACCAGAUGCAACAACGUUGGAGUUCAUAUUUAUGUGGAUGCUGUUGUCAACCACAUGUGUGGGGCUGCGGGUGGCGCAGGUACCCAUUCUACCUGUGGAAGCUAUUUUAAUGCUGGGAACAGGGAUUUUCCAGCUGUGCCAUACUCUGGCUGGGAUUUCAAUGAUGGCAGAUGUCGAACUGGAAGUGGAGAAAUUGAAAAUUAUGGUGAUAUAUACCAGGUCCGAGACUGCCGCUUGGUUAGCCUUCUUGAUCUGGCCCUGGAGAAGGACUAUGUACGCUCAAAAGUUGCUGAGUACAUGAACCAUCUCAUUGAUAUUGGUGUAGCGGGCUUCCGGAUUGAUGCUGCCAAGCAUAUGUGGCCUGGGGACAUAAGAGCAUUUCUGGACAAGCUGAAAAAUCUAAAUACUAAAUGGUUUUCUGCAGGAACAAAACCUUUCAUUUACCAGGAGGUAAUUGACUUGGGCGGAGAGCCGAUCAAAGGCAGUGACUACCUUGGAAACGGGCGAGUGACAGAAUUCAAAUAUGGUGCAAAACUGGGGACAGUGAUCCGCAAGUGGAACGGAGAAAAGAUGGCCUACUUAAAGAACUGGGGAGAAGGCUGGGGCUUUGUGCCUUCCGACAGAGCCCUGGUCUUUGUGGACAAUCACGACAACCAGCGGGGGCACGGGGCCGGUGGAGCUUCCAUUCUGACCUUCUGGGACCCCAGGCCUUACAAAAUGGCAGUUGGUUUCAUGCUUGCUCAUCCGUAUGGGUUCACACGUGUGAUGUCGAGUUUUCGCUGGCCAAGAUAUUUUGUAGAUGGACGGGACAUCAAUGACUGGAUGGGACCACCAAGUCACUCGGAUGGAUCAAUAAAGCCUGUUACAAUCAAUGCAGACACUACCUGUGGCGACGCCUGGGUUUGCGAACAUCGCUGGCGUCAAAUAAAGAACAUGGUUAUCUUCCGUAAUGUGGUGGAUGGUCAGCCUUUCUCCAACUGGUGGGACAAUGGCAGCAAUCAAGUAGCUUUUGGCCGUGGUAAUAAAGGCUUCAUCGUUUUCAAUAAUGAUGACUGGAAUAUGAAUGUCAGUUUGCAAACGGGAUUGCCUGCUGGUACCUACUGCGAUGUUAUUUCUGGACAAAAGGAGGGCAAUAAAUGUACUGGAAAACAGGUGUACGUUUCUGGUGAUGGAAUGGCUAAUUUCCAGAUUAGUAACAAUGCUGAAGAUCCAUUCGUUGCAAUUCACGUUAAUGCCAAGUUAUAACUCAGUUGAAAAUGUGUUUCUUCCAUUGGUCUGUAUAUUUACUG